AGUUGCUUCAAACGACCUGAGGAACCCGCCACUUUCAGAUUGCGAGAUAUUUUUGGGACACCCUGUAGAUCGUUGAGUCUUUUUACAGUUCCGCGAGGGAACUGUUCGUAGAGUUGCGCGUAGAAAGCUCGGGAGCCUCGCGCACCUCAAUUACGGUCGCAAGGUAACAAUGUAAUUGCGCCUCGGCCUCGGGCAAACAUGUUUUUCCGUCAUUUUCGACUUCCGGUCGAAAUUAUUCUCAACGGCCGCGCAUCACGGUUGAAACAACGACGAUGCUUCGACAGAAAUCCCUUCCCCCCCUCUCUCCUCGCUAAUUGCUAAAUUGCGCAGCAGUUCGUUAUUUGCGAAUAGCGAAAUCUAGCGAGAAAUGAUGUAACUGUUUCACAAUAUUCCGUAACGCGAAAAUUAUCGAUAAAAGAGAGAUACGGUUCGAUGAGGAAAUUACUUUAACAAGCGUGGAAUAGAUGUACCGAUUAUCGGGCUGCGGAUCCUUGCGCGAAGUAAAUAUUGUUUACCGCAAAUCAAUUUAAGCAGGACUCGGAAUUGACCAGCAAGCAUCGCAAGGAUCGCGGGCACUACGCCUACCGACUAACGUCACGCGUCUGGCUGCCCGGUGACAGCUAACGCGCACGCGCACACGCAUGCGCAAAUAUCUAGCAACAGGCAUACGCGCGUGAGACGCUCCGCACAGAAAAUGGCGACCACGGGGGAGCGAGACGCGCGACGGGAGCCGGCAGGCGAAACUCUCGCGAUCCAAAUGUUGCGUGCAGGUUAAUUCCGAGCCCCGAACUGAGAAAUGGCCGCUCGGAAGACAUUUUUAGGUAAAACGGUCGAUAAUCGAAGACGUGAUCAACUGGAAGCGGGAAUUAUCUGUUGAAUGUCGUGGAACGAGAGCAAGCGGAGCAACGUGGUAUUCAAUAGAAACGAAAGGUCGCCAUGCAAUUGCGGUUGGGAGGUGAGAUUCGGUUAUGGUGUGGCAGUCACCUUGGCCAUCUUCGAAGCUAAACGAUUCUUCAUGUUGAUCCUGGAGAUAUUUGCCGAAUGGCAGAUCAUUCGGUUCGCGGGCGGUUUGCAACCGGUCGUGUUCACUUUGGUAAAUGUCAGCGUGGGUCUGCCGACUGCUUUGAUCACUGUUCGCAGUAUACGCGACCGGAAGGUGCCACGCUGCUGCGCGGAGACGAGGCGGUCCCUGAAGUGCUUGCUGAUCGCUAUCGCGAUCUGCGCGAUAUUGAAUGCGGCCACUUUAGUAUCCAUCGGAUAUCACAUUAGCGUCAGGCAGGAGUCGUUGAUCGAUAUUUUCAACAAUUCGAUGCGGCUGUACGUGAGCACGGCGUCGUACAAGUACGCGAUCGACGAGAUACAGUUCAUCUUCCAGUGCUGCGGCCACACAUCCUACGCGGACUGGUUCCAAUUUGACUGGCAGGGCGUAGACUACGCGUCUCGGGAGGAAAUGGCGGCGCAAAGUAGGAUAUCCGACGAGGAAUACAGAGACCGCGGUGUCCCUUUCAGCUGUUGCGACCUACGUGCCAUGUCGCCGUGCGAGCAUACCGAGAUCCAAGGGAACGACGUGAAAACGAUCAACACGAACGGCUGCGCCCAAGUGAUGAGCCCUGUCCUACUUAGAAUCGUCAUCGUCGCUUACGUUAUGACGAGCACGUUAGUCAUCAUUCAAAUCUUCUUAGCCUUCUUAAUUUCGAAGAUCAUACGCAGACUGUUGUGCGGAACGUGUCGCCUGUAUCAGCCCCCGGAGGCCUUCGCGAACGACUCGAGCAGCGUAUCGCUGGACAGCACAAGUUCGGAAACGGAUGGACGUUACACGAGCACAUCCCCGUCGAACGUGGACCGUCGGACGCCGCUGGAAACAAAGAAGAAGCCUGAUAAAAGUCGCAAGAGGAAGAUAAAACGGGCGACGCCGUCGUCGUCGUCGUCGUCGACGAGACGCGUCCAAGCUAAAAAUAAGGCGCGAGAAGAAGCCGAGGCGAGUUCCUCGGCGACGGAAUCCUCCUCGCCGGUGAACAAACCACCCUCCUCCGGUCGGACACGCGGCAUCAUCCUUGGAGCGGCGAAGAUCCGGCCGAGCACCCACGAGGAGCACACGAUACGCAAGAAACUUAUUUUGACCGGGCCGGGGAAGGAAUAAGGAGGCACCGGGACGCGAAAGAAAAUCAAACAGAGCGAUCCGGCCUCGUUCGCCAUCCUCUGGUUCCUAUCGUUGCAAAUCAUCCCGCAUCGGGGAUGAGACGUUCCGCGAUCGUUUACCGGAAAUUUAUUGCCGGCUAAAAAAAGAAUGCAGCCGGGCAGCCGUAAGCGAGAGCGAGAGAGAGAGAGAGAGAGAAACAGUCGUGUCCGCUUCCACGAGGAACAGCUGGCGAGCACGACGCCGGAUUACCAACCGAAAACAGGUGUACCCUGUACAAACCUGUCACGGUUAUCGCGAAAAGGAAGGUUUACCACGGCCGCGCGUUCGCGGGAAUCCGCGCGAAAUCGAUCGGGCAACGCUGUUUCGACGCUUCGACCGACGGCCGUGGUGAUACUUCAGCGUAGAGUUCGAUGUCACCGAAGAAAUUGCUGUUUCCUUCGGAUGUUUCGUUGAUUAGUUAUUACAAUUGCUAAGUGCGAUACCGAUGCUGUAAUAAUAAUACGGAUAAUCGCGUGUAGAAUGUUUCAACAAUCGUGAUUUUGUGCGAGAAUAUCGUCCGAAGGAAUCGCCGUCCUUCUGCGAGACUGCAGUCUAAACAACUGGAACGUAUACUCGUAAAUUGUCAAGCGUCUGUAAAUAAAUUGUCAAUGUUUCGACAAGUACACGCUUCGAUGGAACAAUUUACAAACGUAGAAAUAAAGAAAGAUUAACUCCGGGACGCUUGAGUUAUUG